AUGAAAGUAGAUUGCCAAAAGGGAGAUAUUGAGUAUGUUUCACGCAUGGGGAAAAAAUCAGAUAAGACAAGACCGAUAAUUGUUACUUUGACUACGAUGGGCAAAAAAAUAGAAUUACUCAAAAAUAAGAAAAUGCUGCAAAAUUCCGGUACCUAUUACAUUAAAGAAGACUUUCCCCCGGAAGUUCUUGAGGAGAGAAAGAAACUAAAUAUCCAGCUACAACGAGAAAGAGAACAAGGAAAAAAGGCAUAUAUAAAAUACAACAAACUAGUAAUUCUACCAGAAAAAGUAAACUCUCAACAAGAACGUCAAAAAAGAAUUUUAUCGCAGUCUCCGGAAACAGCGACCGUUAUUGAGAAAGAACACAAAAAUACUUCUAAAAAUCCAACCAAGAAAAAUAAAAUGGAUCUAUAUUUAGUUAAAAAUAAACCCGUAAAUACAGAAAUUAAGUCCCCAUCGCAUCAGCUAUUAACCAAGAAA